AUGACCUAUCGCGAAAAUGUUUUAAUUGUGUCUAACAUGAACAUCCCUUACAUCCGCGUCACCUUGUGGAAAUCAUCCCUUUACAUCAAGUUGGAAUCAAUUACGCCGAAUCGUCUGGGAGGGGAGAAAAAGGUUGCAAUGUUGAAUGAUCGCCCGGAUGACGUUUGGGACAAUUGGACCAUAGGCAAAUAUUCGGAUGGCAUCGACCGCGUUUAUGGAGAACUGCGUUCGAUCAACUCGAAAUUAGCGGCGAUGCAUCCGAGUAAGGCAUUUGUUUGUAAGGCUGGGGUCGUGGCGGAAAUAGACGGGAUUGAGUCGAUGAGUAUUAUUUCAAAGUCGCUGUUACUCGAAAAAAUCAGGCCGGACAUAACAAUCGAGUUGAAAGUCGGGAUGCCGAUAAUAUUAACUAAGGACUGUACUCAUAGUCAGGCCGGUGAAGCGAUGGUUGCCAUGAAGAAAGGGUCGAGGUUGGUAGUCGUAGCCGUCAAGGAGUCGAUGAUUACGGCGAAAAUGAUAACUCCGGGGAGAGUUGGAAUGGAGCUGAAAAUAGGAAGAACGAUGUUGUAUUGCGACGACGUGAACAAUCAAGAUUAUGCGUACUUAAAACAUCAAUUCCCAGUCGUGCUCGGUUACGCGAAUGCGGAGGGGCGUUGGAAUAUCGUAUCGGAGUAUCGUGGCGGGAGCAGGAUCCGUCCGGCAUUGGCGGCGGGGUGGCGGGUGUGGACGGGACCGGUGGACGCGGUUGGUGCCGGGGAUGUUGUUGCCCGUGGAGGGAAGAUGGUGGCCGUUGGACGGCUGCGGCGGCGUAGCCGCGUUGUACUCUAG